AUGAGACACAGGAGUAACGAGACACAGGACUAUCGAGACAGGUGUGGUGAGACACAGGAAGUAAUGAGACACAGGAGUAACGAGACACAGGAGUAUCGAGACAGGUGUGGUGAGACACAGGAAGUAAUGAGACACAGGAGUAACGAGACACAGGACUAUCGAGACAGGUGUGGUGAGACACAGGAAGUAAUGAGACACAGGAGUAACGAGACACAGGACUAUCGAGACAGGUGUGGUGAGACACAGGAAGUAAUGAGACACAGGAGUAACGAGACACAGGACUAUCGAGACAGGUGUGGUGAGACACAGGAAGUAAUGAGACACAGGAGUAACGAGACACAGGAGUAUCGAGACAGGUGUGGUGAGACACAGGAAGUAAUGAGACACAGGAGUAACGAGACACAGGACUAUCGAGACAGGUGUGGUGAGACACAGGAAGUAAUGAGACACAGGAGUAACGAGACACAGGACUAUCGAGACAGGUGUGGUGAGACACAGGAAGUAAUGAGACACAGGAGUAACGAGACACAGGAGUAUCGAGACAGGUGUGGUGAGACACAGGAAGUAAUGAGACACAGGAGUAACGAGACACAGGACUAUCGAGACAGGUGUGGUGAGACACAGGAAGUAAUGAGACACAGGAGUAACGAGACACAGGAGUAUCGAGACAGGUGUGGUGAGACACAGGAAGUAAUGAGACACAGGAGUAACGAGACACAGGACUAUCGAGACAGGUGUGGUGAGACACAGGAAGUAAUGAGACACAGGAGUAACGAGACACAGGACUAUCGAGACAGGUGUGGUGAGACACAGGAAGUAAUGAGACACAGGAGUAACGAGAGAGACACAGGAUAUCCAGAGACAGGUGUGGUGAGACACAGAAUGUGGGACACAGGAGUAAGCAAGACACAGGACUAUCAGGACAGGUGUCAAAGGUGGGGCACGGAGUAA